AGUGUAGCCCCAGCAGUGCCACCUGUCAGUGCCCAUCAAUGCCACCUGCCAGUGCCCAUCAGUGCCUCCUAUCGGUGCCAGUCAGUGCCACCUAUCAAUGCCAGUCAGUGCCACCUAUCAGUGCUGUCAAUCAGUGCCAGUCAGUGCCGCAUAUCAGUGCCAGUCAGUGCCGCCUAUCAGUGCCACCUUUCAGUGCCCAUCAGUGAUGCCUGUCAAUGCUCAUCAGUGCCACCUACCAGUGCCUCUUCAUCAGUGCCCAUCAGUGAUGCCUAUCAA